UUUUUUUUUGCAAUUUGCAUUAUAGGAAUUCGAGUUCGGUUAUUUAACCGAAAGUUUCAUGACUAAUUGCAUAAUAUGAUUAUACAUUUGAAACACUUAAUCGAACUUUCUACAGCAUUGCGCCUCAUACAACUUGUCAGUUAUUUGUGAAACACGAAGAAGUAACAAGCUUACAAGCGAUGAAAUACGGGUGGAUAAUAUUUGUGCUAUUUCAACUCGUUCUAUUGCUGUCGAUGCAACCGAAGGAGGCAAGUGGCGAAUGUUGUCUCCCUUCUAAUAAUAGGUGUGCGGACGGCACAAAAAAGACGCCUUGCUGUGGGUACAAACCAUGCGAUAUUUUGUGCUGCAAAUGCAAAUGCAGACGACGCAAAAGGUUUGUCCGGCAUGGUGAACAUUCUCAAAGGAGUUCCCGUCGUCAUGAUCAUCAUCAUACCCAUGAUCGUGAUCAUCAUCACAAACACAAAGGAAAACAUUCCGAUUCCUGCAAGUACACAAUUCUCGCCAUGUGGACAUCAAAGGAAUAAGCUUUUUAUAAACAAUUCAUCUAAUAUUGAGAAAUAAAUUGCUCUUAUUGGUAAUGGAGCGUGGCAUGCAAAAA